AUGCAACCAGCACCACAACCUCCAAGUGCUUUAGGACACUAUCGUCUUUUAUCACCAACUGCAGCUGUUCGUGUAUCACCACUAUGUCUGGGCGCUAUGUCACUUGGUGAUGCAUGGGAAUUUAUGGGUACACAAACAAAAGAAAAUUCAUUUAAAAUUCUCGAUGCAUUUUUCGAUGCUGGUGGAAACUUCAUUGAUACUGCCAACAUUUAUCAAAAUGAACAAAGUGAAAUCUUGUUGGGAGAAUGGAUGACCAAACGACAAAAUCGUAGUCAGAUGGUAAUUGCAACUAAAUUCACUAUGUCAUAUCGAUCGGAUUGGACAAAAGAACCAAUUCAUGUGAAUUUUGCUGGAAAUUCAGCAAAAUCGAUACAUGAAAGUGUAGCUGCUUCUCUCAAAAAACUUCAAACUGAUUAUAUCGAUCUUCUCUAUAUACACUGGUGGGAUUCUACGUGUUCGAUUCCUGAAUUAAUGCAAUCUCUCGACCAUCUGGUUAAAGCAGGCAAAGUACUUUAUUUAGGAGCAAGUGAUACACCUGCAUGGAUUGUUUCACAAGCAAAUCAAUAUGCUCGAGAUUAUGGACUUCGUCAGUUUUCGGUUUAUCAAGGAUUGUACAAUGCUGCUAAGCGGGAUGCAGAAAGAGACAUUCUUCCGAUGAUUCGACAUGAAGGAAUGGCCUUUGCACCUUGGGGAGCACUAGGACGAGGAAAAUUUAAAACAAAAGAGCAAGUAGAAGCAAUGGAGAAAGAAGGUGACAAGGGACGAACGUUUGUAGGCAUCAAUAAAGAUCCAACGAAAGAGGAACAAGCAGUUACUGCUGUAUUGGAAAAAAUUGGAAAAGCCAAGAAUAUUUCGCUUACGCAAGUUGCAUUGGCUUAUGCAAUAGCAAAACAACCAUACAUUUUUCCCAUUGUUGGUGUUCGAAAACUCGAACACUUACAAGACAACAUAGAUGCUUUGAAAGUGCGUUUGAGCAAAGAAGAAAUUAAAGAAAUCGAAGAAACAUAUAAAUUCGACAUUGGCUUUCCUCAUGAUAUGAUUGCUCAAAAUCCGAGUGAAAAUUGGGGUUUGAAAUUGGCUGGUCAUUGUGAUUGGGUGGAACCGGAAAAGAGUUUGAACGCCAGUUAA